UUCGUGUAGCCAACCCCAAUUAGUUGGGAAAAGGCUUUGAUGGUGACGAUAUAUAUGUGUGUGUGUGUGUGCGCGCGCGCGCUGCUAUGUAUGACUUGAGGUAAUGCUUUUAUAAUUCUUAAUAAAAUAGUUGCACUUGAGAAUGAGAACACAUUAAUAUGAUAUAACUUUUUGUAAAGAACUAAGGCUAAAACAUAAUGAUGAUUAUAUAGGUUUACAAUCUAUAAAUUUAUAAAACCACACAGUUAUGAUGGCAUAUGUUGGGUUAUUCAUGUCACUUUUUUUUUUUUUACUUGUUCAUGCUACUAUUGAAGUUUUGCUAUUACAUUUAUUACAUCAGAUGUUUGACACAUAUUGAUGAUUAGAGAUUUGUACACUGGAGAAACAAAAAAAUAGUAAUGCAAACAUAAUAUUGGACAACUGGGAUAAUAUUUUCUGGGGGUGGUUGGGGGGGGGGGGGGUUUGUUGUUUUUGGGAAUGGGCUUCCUCUAACUAGUCCUGUCAUAUAUUAUAAAUAAAUUAGUGAGGGAUGCAAUCUUCCUGUGAUACAUUCUUGGCAUGUGCUGACCAAGUAAACAAUAUGGGUGUAUGUUCCAUAAAAAUUACCAUACGAGUUCAAAUCCUGCAAAUCAUCUUUAGCCCAAAGUUUCCUAAUUUCCUUGUUUCAUCCCCUAUUGUGCUUUUCUGUAGACAUUACAUAUUUGUGGUUGCCAUUUAUUAUCAAUUGUUUUUUCUCAUUCAAGUGACAUUUACUAUCUAUUGUUGAACUAAUGAAGUUUUUAAAUGCUGUGAACUCUGUUUUUAGGAUGUUGCUAGUAAUAGUAAGGAACUCAAAAAGCAAGGGUGCCACCAGUGUCAACGGAGAGAACAUGAUGGCAUAGUUAUUUGUUCAAAAUGUGGGAAGAAGCGCUAUUGUUCCACAUACAUUAGCAGAUGGUAAAUAAAUCUAAUGUAUGAAAAGACUCGAUGGGACUGAGCACUGGUCUUGAAUGGUUAGGGCGUUAACAUGGCAACGCCACAUCCCUGGUUUUAUUCCCAUCCGACUGCCUCAUACCAAGAAAGCCAAGACUCUUAUGUGAAUCUCUGUGCAGUGAUCGAUAUUGUGAUCGGAGAAGAAACAUACAUGAUAAAAAGGGCUUUUUAUUUUCUUUUUUUGGUCGGGGGUGGGUACACUGGUUAUUCUAUUCAUUUACUUUUAAUCAUAGAUGCUUUAUUGGGGUUGCUAAUUUCUCUGGGGAACUUCUUGGGUUCUUUUAUUUAAUUUAGAGGGAUUUAUUUUAAUUUUUAUUUUUGGUAAUGGGUUUAAGCUUGGUGAUCAAAGUUCUCAUGCCUUUGCUUUCUAUGUUCCUUGUUUUUUCUUCACAAUUUAUCCCUCUUUCUCGUAUGUGAACAUAUACAUAAAAAUAUUUAUUUCUGUGGAGCAUUUUCUUAGAGACUGCCUGGCUUGGUUUCCUUUUAGGCCAGUGGGAAGGACAUAGAAGCCAGUGUCAAACAAGUGAUGUCCUUGUUGCAUCAGGUUCUUCCUAUUGCUGAAAAUAUUCAUGCUGAACAGAAUUUGGGAAGCGAGGUGGAAUGCAGGCUAGGGGGUUAGUCAAUAUUGGCCUGACCAUUCUAGAUGUGCUUAUGUUUGUUUUCUUGUCUAUUAAUUUUUCAUUCGAUUCCACUAUCUGGAGUUUAUGCAUACCCUUCAGUUCUUAUUGGUGCUUCAAUUCUUAGGAGUUCGGCGAGCUGAUCUGUACGAAGAAAAGUCAGAGCUGAACUCUGACGGACAUUUAUAUUGGUAUUUCAACUCUUACUUUGGAUAUCCUGUCCAUAUAUGUCAGUGGACAUGGAAGAGUGUGUGACUUAAUGGAAGUUUCUAUUGGAUUGAAAUCCGUAUUCAAAAAAAAGUUUCUAUUGGAUUGAAAAUGUCAUCAGAUUUUAUCUAGAUGCUGAAUUUGGGUUUAGUUGAGUGGAAUGUAGUUUUCAUCACUUCUUUUUCUUUUAUCAGUUGCCUGAUAAUAUCAUUUUAAAAGAAGCAACAGGAGACAUUUUCGUGACGAAAGUUCCAUGUAAACCUUAUUUGGAUAUCCGAAACUUUUUACCUUGUCCUAAACUGUUUAAUUGUUUAGUCAUGUAUAUAUAUAUAUAUAUAUAUAAUAAAUAAAAUGAUCUCUCCCCCCCCCCACAACCUCAAAAACCAUAUUGAAGAUGUGCGAGGGACCAAUAAUACUCCAAUACCCAUAUUUCAACUCUUAUUUUGGAAAUCCUGUGCAUAUAUGUCAGUGGUCAUGGAAUAGUGAGUGACUUAAUGGAUAUUGGAUUGAAAUGUCAUCAGAUUUUAUCUAGAUGCUGAAUUUGGGUUUAGUUGAGUGGACUGUAGUUUGCAUGACUUCUUUUUCUUUUAUCAGUUGCCUGAUAAUAUAUAAAAUGAUCUUCGCCCCCCCCCCCCAACAUCAAAAACAUAUUGAAGGUGUGUGAGUGACCAAUAAAACUCCAAUAGCCUCCGAAUCAUUCUCCUCUAAAUAAUAUUUGAUUUGGAGGUCCCUAAACUCUCUAAAUUCCCUACAUCAUAAAUUCGGUCAUUCAAAUGGACAGUCUAGACUCAGUUUGGGGUGACGGUGUAUUUGGAGCAUUUUGAGAUCUCUAAUUGAAUUUUUUUCAAUAGACUGUUUAUCUGUGGUUUAUUUGGGAACUUUUUUGGUCACUCUUAUGGCUUGGAAAUGGUUUCUGAGGUGGGGGGAACAUCAAUGGGCGUGCUCUAGGGGGUGGUGGUGGCACACAAUAAUUUCCCAUGUGUUUGUUCAUUCUGUAUAUGAUAUUCAAACCUUGAUUUUUAAUUCAUACUCAGCUGUAGUAUUUGUAUGGUUUUCCUUGCAUGGCAGCCACAAUUGCCCCCACCCCAAAGGCAGUGAGGCCAAAACUGCUGACCACCAGACGACAAAAGGACCCAGGUUCAAGUUUCGAAAGAUUGUUCUCAGGAUGGGAAUGAGCAAACAUGCAUGGCUGGAAGCAGAGUUGGUUUGGAUAGCCGAGUUUUGUUUGCUGACAGACGUAUUUGGGUGGAUCCAUCCUGCUCUUUUCCUGCAAACAAAGAUGGUAUGAUACCUCGCCCACUAAAAGAGCAAGGAAAUUGUGGGCCCCGCAUACUCAUGGUAAAGCAUGACCUAAAAACAAAUAUGGUUGUCGAGUUGCUUAGCAAUGCCCAGGAACUCAUCCAUAGCAAUGAUCAGUUGAUCAAGGAUGCCGGGUUUUCUCAAAAAUGCCCUCGAUGCCAUCCUUCCAAUAAUUGGUCAGAAAUUAACAUCAACAAUGGCUUCUAAGCUCAUGGAGAAGGUGAUUGCUUGGAGUAUUGCAAGAAGCUGGAGGAAAAUUUACAGUACUUGGGACUACAAAUUAAACAUUAUCAAGACCACUGUGCAUUUCUCAAGGAUCAAUCAGACAUAUCAACUGUGUGCUGGGGUACAUUUGAUGGAAUUCUCUUCAAGGUUCUCAGAAGCACAAGUAUACAUAUAGCCAGAGUUCAAAAUUGCAGAUGGUUGAAAGCUGAAACUCGGAUUUCAUAUAAGGCUCUUUCGUCAACCAAAGUAGACUUGAAAAGCGCUAUCCUCCUGAUGCAGCCAAGGGCAAGAGUCAUACAUAGUGGUCUCAACAAAAAGGCUGAGGCGAAUACAUACGAGCAGAUACAAAGGCAAGAAAAAGCAGUAGGAGUAUUAUCCAAGUUGAAAUACAUGGGUGCAUUUCCAAAUUCUGUAACUGCAGAUGUGCUUGGUAUAGUCGCAACGCUCGGGAAUUUAUGCAAUGACAACCUUAGCAGGCUUUUUGCAGAAUAUCUUGGAAUUGAAACCAUGCUUGCUAUUGUAUGUAAGACAUAUGAUGGUGUCAAUGCUCUUAAAAAGUAUAACAAUGACGGCAUGAUCGACCAGGCAAUUGGAAUUCAUGGACAUGGGAUUUCUAAGGCUAGACCCACUAAUGGCAGGUUUUAUGUCAUUUGUCUUGAGGAUCUAAGACCAUACCAAGGAGGCACAAGAGCUGGGGACUCGCAAAAGAAGCUUGAUUUGGUGGAGCCCAGACUCCCCACUGGGGAUUACCCACCUGGCUUUCUAGGCUUUGCAGUCAAUAUGAUCAGCAUUCAGAGUAAGAAUUUAUCUCGUGUCACUGCAAAUGGACAUAACCUGAGAGAAACGCUGUUCUAUAGUCUCUUUUCUCGAUCGCAAGUGUAUCGAACCAGGAGUGAGAUGCAAUCGGCCAUUCCUUGCAUAAGUGAAGGUGCCAUUUCUUUAGACGGUGGAAUGAUGAAAAGCAAUGGCAUCUUUAUCCUUGGUGCCACGGAAAAAGUGGAUAUUAGAUUUUCGUUGACUUCAGAAUUUAUAGAUCAACCAAUAAAUAUCACUGAAGAAAUGGAGGACCCUAGACUGUUUACAUGGGAAAAAGAAAUAAUUGAUAAAGAUUUGCAGAGGCAACAAGAGCUUCUGCAAAAUGUGAAAAUCACAUUUAAACAGAAGAAGCUGGAGUUCAAUAGGUUAACCCCAAUAAGUGAGGUACUGUUUGAGACUCAAAUCGGUUAAAUUUGAUUACAAAAUUCUGAUGACUAUUUUUUUUGGUAGAAAAUUAUAGAUACCCUAAAAUGAACUUUGUAGGUAUCUUCCCCCAGUACUUUUAAUAUCACACUUUAGACCCAAACAUUGUUUUUUUUGUAUUUACCCUUGUCAAAAAGUCGAAAAAAUUGAGACUAAAAUGCCAUUCUCCUCUCUCACUCUCUUUACCCACCCUCUCUUUCUACCUACCCUCUCGCACACUCUCACUACUCGCCCUCUCUCUCUACCUGCCCUCUCUC